AUGGCACCACAAGAACCUGAAUAUACUCCUUUGGAUGAAGAAAACUACGCCGAGAAACCGAAACUCUCCGGUCGAAUACCAUUUUCGAAUUCCAUGAAAGACAUCGUGAUCGUUCUCCUUGCACUAUCGACUGCCAUAUCCUCCAUCAGCGCUUUCAACCAAAAAUAUGUCCCGAUUCCAGAAAGUUUUGGCUACCCUGCUCUCGAUUUAACAUCUGGAAUGCACAUCCAGAAUUACACAUGGUGGUCAGGCUAUAGUGCUGCUUCGCACCCAACACAGCAAUCUGUGGACCAGCUAUGGGAAGAAAUCAUACCUGCACAUGGGAUUGUAGCCGUGGAUCACACAUGGGCAUCUUCAAAAGAGCUACCGCAAACAAUCAGUCUUCCGGAUGACCCCAGCAAGGGAGUUUACGUGAUCGAUGCUUACCAUCAGCUUCACUGCCUCAAAAUUGUCCGGAAAACCUUUUUCGAACUGUCGAGGGGUGCACAAUUGACAUACCCAAUUGGACAUUCGACGCACUGCUUUGAUAACUUCAGACAAUAUAUUCAAUGCACGGCAGGGGAUACUUUACUUUAUUCCUGGGGUUUGAAUACGACGGGGGAUGGUCAGCUUCGGAAAUGUAGGGAUUGGAGUGCGCUUAGUGAUUGGGCGGGUAAGCACUCUGCAUGUUAUCGUGACGGGGAGCCAAGUAGUCUUCUGGAUCAUUUUGGUCAUUACCUACUAACCUUACUUCCUAAACGUGGAGUUGAUGCCAACAACAGACUUCACAGCUUUCAAGUAUUCUCCCUCGAAUAUUUCCAACACGAUAUGGCAGUUGUAGAAAUUAUCAUCAGUCUCGUCCUUGCACAGAUCAUUUACGUAUCUAUUUGGAGACUCUUCCUCAGUCCCAUUUCGCACAUCCCGGGUCCCCGUCUGGCAGCUCUUACUUCAUGGUAUGAAUUUUACUAUGAUGUAAUUAAGCCGGGUCAAUUUGUAUGGCACAUAAAAGAUCUCCACGAGAAAUAUGGUCCAAUCGUGCGAGUCACACCAUGGGAAAUCCAUAUCAAAGAUGUCACAUUUCUUGACGAAAUAUAUGCUCCAGCAUCUCGCAAUCGAGAGAAAUAUUCAUUUCAAACAAGAACGUUAAAAGUGCCUUUGUCGAUAGGAGGUACUAUACAAAAUGAUCUGCAUCGAAGACGUCGAGAAGCACUCAAUCCAUUCUUCAACAAGAAGAGUGUUUCGAAUUUUGAGUCCGUACUCAGAGAGAAAGUCGAAAAAUUAGUUGAAGUGAUUGCGGUCCACGAAACCACGCAGACACCUGUGAAUUUACUUGAUGUGUAUUUCGCGUUUGCCAAUGAUGUUGUUUCGUAUUACAGUUUUGGACAUGACAACAAUCUUCUCGGGAACGAAGAGAAAGCCUCCACUCAACGAAAUAAUAUAUCGAGAUUAUUGAUGGGGGUAAAAUUUAACCAACAUUUCCCAUGGCUGUUUGAUCUUCUGGAUAUGAUUCCGUUUCCCAUAGCAAAGCAUAUCAUGCCUCCAGGUGCUCUGGAUAUGGUAGCUUUUACCGAUAGUAUUCGAGAAGAAGUUGAUCAAGUCCUGGGAGAUACGGACAAUAUUCUCAAAGGCGAUAGGCGCUCUAUAUUUUAUGAGCUUCGUGAUAAUCCAAGUCUACCACCAACCGAGAAGAGUGCAUUGCGUCUUGAGCACGAGGCAACUUUGAUUGUUAUGGCAGGCACCGAAUCUACGGCAAAAUCAAUUGCCAUUGCACAUUUCCAUCUCCUCAGUAGUCCCGAAUGCAUGGCAAAGCUUCGGGCUGAACUACACACAGUACCCGAAUCAGCAUCAUGGUCACAACUGGAACAGUUACCAUAUCUCAGCGGAUGCAUAGCAGAAGGCAACAGAUUAUCAUUUGGGGUCACCGCACGCGUAUGUCGCAUUGCGCCCGAUGAAACACUACAUUACAAACAACACGCGAUUCCACCCGGAACACCCAUUAGUCAAACCACCCUCGUCGUGCACACCGACGAGAAUAUUUUUCCCGAUCCAUGGGCGUUCAAGCCGGAACGAUGGAUGGGACCCGAAGGUGUGGAGCGCAAGAAAUAUCAGAUGGCGUUUAAUAAGGGGGCUAGAAAUUGUAUUGGUAUUAAUUUGGCACAUGCGGAAAUGUUCUUAGCUUUGGCUGCGGUGGCGAGAUUUGAUAUGACGCUUUAUGAGACGGAUCUUCGUGAUGUGCAGUUCACGCAUGAUUUUCAUGUCGCGUAUCCUAGUCGGCUGGAGACAAAGGGUGUUCAGGCGAAAGUCUAUGGGAAGAAUAUGUAA